AUGGUUCGAGCGGAUCAGGGCAUACAAGGCCGUUCAGCGCCGCGCGCCAAGUCUGGCUCCUCAGCAACAGCCGCUAUACGCGCUCGUUCUUCCGCCUCGGCACCCAAGCUCGCUGCACAACCGACACAGAUCACCAAGGCGGCCAAGCGUGCCAUGAAGCGCGCUGAGCUCGUGUGCAAAGUGAAUGGCACCUCUCGCACAUCGUUGCUCAAUCUUGAACCUCCGAAUGCCAAGAUGUCAAAGUCGGCGCUCCGACGGCAGAAGCGGAAGCAAAACCAACACUUGGCAGGCAACACGACUGGCUUGAAAGACCUGGCAGACGCCGUGGACGAGCUCGCUCACCAUGUGCAAAACGACGAUCACCACGCACAUCAUAGCCUGCAUAUGCACAAUCGUGAGCACCUAGACGACGUCCAUCCCCAAACAUCCAGCGACAACAUCCGUUCAUCCUCGACUUAUCCGCUUGUGCGAGCUCAACUCGCCAGAACCGACGCCACUGUCACCGAAAAAGCAAGAAAAAAAGCACUAUCCCUCGAAAUGCAACGUCAGAACCUGAUCCUCUCGGAUCCAGCCUAUACCAAAAACCCGUUUGCAGCUCUACGCCUCCACGCCCAAAACACACUCGCCUUCGACACGCGCAGCGCUAGUAUCAAACGUUGA